GACCCCACUAGUUUCCUCUCCCAAUUCCAACUUCCCCUCCCCAACUCCCAUUUUGUUUAUAUAUUUUUUCCUUUGUCUCAUUACUUCUUUAAAUAAUCUUCAUCCCCCUACAACCCUCUCUCUGACUGGCCAUUAAUGCCACACUUCACAGCUCCAAAAUUCAUUUGAAAGUUUUGAAACCCUCAUUUCUCAAAAUCAGAGAGAGAGAGAUGGGCAAGAAAAUGAAGCUCCCUUUUCUCUCCAAGAACACAGAGGCAUCAAGAUAUUCUUCUUCUUCUUCUUCAACAUGGCCUUGGCCUUCUUGCUCCCAACCCAGAACCCUCUCUUUCAGAGCAGGCAAUGAUAUCUUCAAGACCAUAAACUCAGCCUACUUUGACACAAGCACCACAGAAGUGAUAGAAACACCAGACUCAUUCUUCACCAACUCAUCUGAGUCAUGUCCAAGCUUCUCCACAGCCUCUGACGACUCAGGUUUGGAUCCAGUUGAGACAGUGAUCAAAGGGUUGAGGUCAGAGAGGCUCUUCUUUGAGCCUAAGGCAGGUGAAACAAGCUCUAUAGUAAUGGAGGAGGAGGCUAAGGGAGCAGCAGAUGGUGAGGAGCUUAAUAUUGUUCCAUUCAAGGAGAGUGUGGUUUUGUCAAUGGACUCUCCAGACCCCAUUUUGGAUUUUAGGAAAUCCAUGGAGGAAAUGGUGGAGGCUCAUGGUUUGAAGGAUUGGGAUCAUCUUGAAGAGCUUUUGUGUUGGUAUUUGAGGGUCAAUGCGAAAAGCAAUCAUGGGUAUAUUGUUGGAGCUUUUGUUGAUCUCUUGGGAUGAUCUUCUGCAACUGACCACACUUGAACAAGUGUAGACAUUGUGAUUGAGCAAACAUCCACCACUAUCACUGUGUGUAAUCCACAUGGGAGUACCAGCUCCGGAAUUGGAAGCAAUCAGAGCCGUUGAUUUUGAAUUGCUUGAAAUGGAGGGUCAUUAUCAAUGAUAGCUACAAUUCCAGCUCUGAAGUUUGGCGUGGUCCUAACACUCAUUUCCUUGCACCUGCACAAUUUAAUCAUUUAUCGUCGGAACCCCAAAAAAAAAACACUGUAAAAUUGCGUUCAUUUUUGUUUGUUGAGAACAUGAACAUGGUUUUGAGAGUCACUUAAGUACAAGUUUAAGAAGAGAAAAAACAAGCCACCUGCAAUUGCCA